UAGCUGAACGGCUUUUGUUCUUUUUGUUCGCGGCGGGUGCCAAAUAUUUCGAGUCUUAUUGUUGCUGCCUGGUGCCAAUCACGACACGCGGAUGGAUGAUCGAUAACGCCGCGUGUGCAAGCCCGCGAGUGAACGUGUGCAGAUCGGGGGAUUAAAAUCGCGAUCAGUUCGCAGCGUAUCGGCGGAUCAUCAACAGGGGUGCCUCGAUACCGCAUCGCGAUAGUGCAACCCGAAUAACGCCCGUGCUCUCACGGACACUCGAAUGGGCAUGGAGCAGUUCGAGCAGCUGCUAACCUGCGCGAUAUGCCUGGACCGAUACAGAAAUCCAAAGCUCUUGCCAUGCCAGCACAGCUUUUGCAUGGAGCCGUGCAUGGACGGCCUCGUCGAUUACGUGCGUCGACAGGUCAAGUGUCCAGAAUGCCGUGCCGAACAUCGUAUACCGUACCAAGGUGUGCAAGCUUUUCCGACCAACGUGACACUGCAACGAUUCCUGGAAUUGCAUAUCGAGAUCACGGGGGAACUGCCGGACCCGACCAGCGGACAGACCAUGGAACGUUGCGGCGUUUGCUCCGAGAAGAGCUACUGCUCCCUGUGCGUGCACUGUGAAAAGAAAUGCUGCCCGGAAUGCAAGGACGCGCACAUGGAUAUCUUGAGGCGCGAAAUUGCGCGCAUCAAUUCCCAGGUGCGCAGAGGCUUGCACAGGUUGCAGGACGCGUUGGCUCUGGUCGAGAAGAACACGCUGGGCCUGCAAACAAAUUGCGCGUCGGUCGCCGAGGAGGUGGACGAGAUUUAUCGGAGGCUGAGCAAGGCCCUGAAAGACCGUACGGAACAUCUGCGUAACGAGGUCGAUCGAUACCUCGGCACUGAGCUCAGAGGCCUGAUUCAGCUCAAAGAGAAUCUCGAAUUGGAAAUCGCGAAUAUCCAGAGCAACUGCGAUUUGGCGGAGGCGCACAUAAACGAGAACGUGCCAUGGGACGAUACCGAGCUCCUGGACACGAAGGAACUCUUCCUGCGUACGGUGGAAUUUAUCAGGAAUUUCGAAUAUGAGGCGGGGGAUUACAGCCGACGAGUCCGUUUCGUGAUGGCGCACGAUCCGAAUCAGCUUGUCCUUCACGUGGCAGGUUACGGCGAAUUGAACAUUAAACCGGAAAGCGGAAGCGGUGGAUUGCUAGGGAGCUCUAGCAGUUUAGCCCCACCCGGAGGCUCGCCCGGUCUCAUGAGAAGCAAGAGCGAUCACCGUCUCGCCUCGCAAUACAGGCAGCAGGAGGAGGAACGACUGGCGAGGAAUCGAUACGUUCCCGAAUACGAGUACGAUGCGCCGGAAUACGAGGUGCCCAGGAACAAGUCGAGAUACAGGAGCCGGUUUAUGCGACAUCGGGAUGGUGACGAUUCUGACGGCGAUUCGAGGUCGACGGUGAGAUUUACGGCACCGCAGGAGACGUCCGGUCUGCGAGAACGUGUCCUGGACACGGAAGAUGCCGCGCGUGGUCCACUGUCCGGCAUAUUUCGCCUGACUGAUUCGCCGCGGGUCAUGAAGAAGUUGCAGGAGUGCGAGCGGGCUGGCAAAAGGAAAAAGGAGGAACCGGCAAGCCAACCCGUGCAACAACCUCAACCACCCAAGCCACAGGUACAAGUGAGAAAGGUACCGACUGCGAUGGCGAGGCAGACCAGCGAGGACGAUGAGAUCUCCAGGAUCAAGAAGCAGAACAAGAAUGCCGCCGCCACCGCAACGGCGGCCGCCGCCCACCCCGAGACGGUGGAGGAGAGGCAGCCGACGUCGACGCCCGCUCCGGUUCAUCCACCAUCAUCCGGGAGGGAACUUCCGGAACGGGAACCCGAGGAGCAGCCACUUAGGAGACCGGCUAUAGUCAGGAGAACUUCGGAAACGCACGCACCCCCCGCGGCCAGGAGUGCCUCGUCGGACUCGAGCACCGGCUCCGAGAGUUCGACGGGAUCAGGAAUACGCAGUACGGGCGCGCCCUUCACCGCCGAGGAGAUGAAGCAGAAGUACUUGUCGAGAGCACCGCCGACCAGCACGACAACCACCGUCCCGCCGAGCUCGACCGUGACACCCACAACAGGCAAGGAGUCGCCGAACACUACCCCGGCGCCUAGAGCACCCUUCCAGAGCCGUUUUUUAGGCGCAGGUAACCGUCGUGGUCGCGCGGCUCCGCCGCCUCCUAUCCAGCCGCCGCGAGAGGAACCGCCAGCGAAAAAGAAGGAGGAAGAAGAGGACGAGGAUGAGGAGACGAGCAGUUCGUCUGAGGAAACGGAGUCGGAUACCGAAGAAGAGUCGGAAACGGACGUUCAUCCAACGGCGAAUACCGCUACUUCUGCAGCUUCCGUCGCUUCUCAGGAUCGUCAGAGGAACGAAUCAGCCAUGGCGCGCACUGACAUCGGGCCUUUGCUCGCUCGCAGCGCCGAAGCCAGAAGAGGAAGUAAGGAAGAUUCGCCUUCGACCAGGUAUUCGUCGCCGAGGGGGAGCCCCGCGCAAUCCGCGACGACGACGACGACGACGGUGACGACGACACCGAGCAGCGCCGCGAUGACGACGACGACGACGUCGACGCCGGGCGGCUACACCAGCAGGUUCGUAGCGCACGUAGCUCACGGUCAAACGACUGCUCAUGAUGAGGCCACUUCUAAUUCCAGUAACCCCCUCGACCGUGAUCGUUUUAGGGCAUUUAGCGCGGACGGUACCGGCGACAGGUACUCGGCCGGUGCUCGCGUCGUGGCCGAUAAAGUAAUCGCGACAGCUACGACGGCUAUGUUCGCGGAUUAUGCAUUUGACGGCGACGCUGAUGACGGGGACGCGGUUAAAUCGCAGCCGACGUACGCUAGCUCGGCAACACGUACGGACGUUAUUAUGGACACCGACAAAUCGACCACCUCAUCCACCUCCCUCCACCUCGCGAUUAGCAAACCCUCCGAAAGCCUCCUCGAGGGUAGUCGCGACGAUACUCGGGUAACGAGAGCGAGUUCGAGCGUGGCUCCGUCCGAGGAUGAAGGCGCGUUUGCGGAAGGUCCUUCCGGGAAUGAUGAAAUCUCAUCGGUAGUCACCGAUCACGGCCAGAACGGAUUCGCUCGCGCGACCAGUAAUGAUUCCAGAACGACGCAGCACGACGAGAUCGCGACCGGAAAUCGUGAAUCCGAGGAUACUCCGGGUAUCCUUCAAAUCGUCGUGGAGGAUGUCGACGCGAUUGCCGAUGCUGAACAGCCUGUGUCGGAUAUCGCGAGUCGGUCCGUUGCGAUGAUCGAGCGCAGGGAUCGAUCGAGAUCCAAGGACUCCCAGAGCGUUUCCGAGUGCUCGAGUUUCGUCAGCGGACAAACGGCGUCCGACAGCGAAUCGGGGAGUGAUUCUGAAAGCGGCUCCGAGGAGGAAGACGAGGAGGAGGAUGACGAGUCCCGGGACGAAAACUGCAACGUGAAGGAGAGAAAGGAGGAGAAGAAGGAAAACGAGAACUCGGAUAGUGAAGACGGUGCGGGAAGUGACGCUAACGAGGAGAGCGAGAGUUCCUCGAGUUCCGAGAGCGACGAAGAGGCAACUGUAUUGAGUGCUAGCUCCAACACCCGAGGCGAGAACAGCGUGACGCCCGACGAUCGUUACGAGAGAGAGCUGAAGCGCCGAAGCGCCUCGAUAAUUGACGAGAGGAGCGUCGAGGAGAUGUUUGACGACAACGGCUGGGUGAUCACAGAGCAGGAUCUACAGCAGGAUCUACAGACCGAUCUGCAGACCGUGUCCACGAUCCCACCGGGCUUCCGAUCGACGAACGAUUCUGCUGAUUCUGCUGAUUGUCCACUUGAGUUGACCAAAGUAUCUCCAGUCGAUACGACCGAUCUCGAAGACGCCAGUGGGACUCGUACCGAAGAGAUUAUUUCAAGAAAUGGUGAUCAGAGUCGCGACGAAGUAUCGAGCAGUCUCGAAAGUUCCUCCGCGCGGUCGACGGGCACUGUCGACGAUGUCGAGAGGACGAUCCCUAUGAGCGAGCGACGAGCAUCUGAGACUCUGCCCAGAAGUCGCGUGUACAGGCAGAGCAGUCUGGGUAAGAAUGGAUGGCUGGUCUCUGAUGAGUCCGAGAGCGAAUCUGAGCGGACUACCUCGCCGAUCGAAGCUUCUUCGGAUCGAGACGGCGACGCGGGAAACAGAAGCACUCACGCAAACGACGCGUGGAGGAUCGACACGAUCGAAGAUAGCACGAUGGGCAGCAUCGACGAGAACGGGUGGGUGAUACUUAACAGCGAUGGGGACGACGUCAGAAAUGACCGCGUGGGGGAUCGCAGCGCGCAGGAGAACACGAUUCAAACGACCGGCCACGUAACGAAAACGAAUAUUGAAAAUGGCACGUUAGUCGCGAACGUCACCCGGUCGAAGGGCACCGAGCAAUCAGGAUCCGAUGAGGACGAGGAAACGCCCGGUACCGAUAUCAGUAUACCGAUGCAAAUGGAUGUCUCACGAAUCUCUGGUAAAAAGUGCGGCGCAUCGGUGGCCGCCGAUGAUUGCACUCGUCCGUGGAGCUGGAAUCAAAUUAUAUCGGUGGCUAUUUCGUUCCUGAACAAGAGCAGGAGCCAGGCGGCGAUGAUGGCGUCCCGCGAGCGGGAACGUGAACGCGAGCGUGAACGCGAACGCGAACGUGAACGCGAACGUGAACGCGAGCGUGAACGGGAACGCGAAAGGGACAUGGACGCGGACAUUGACUCGUCCUUGUCGGCGAGAUCUCGCUACGCGGCCUUGAAGGAGCGACGCCAACGUCUGGCCCGGUCCAGGAGCUCGCACAACUUUGGCGGCGACGACCUCGACCUGGACGAGGAACCGCCGUCGCCGACGACCCAGUCGCCGAACGCCUACCUGGCGGCGAAGUACGGUGCCGGCUCCGAGCUGGCCCGUAGCCGCAGCACUCACGCCCUGAAGUCCAGGGAACCGAGCCCGGAACGCGAUCGCCCGGGCGCGGAGAAGGACGGCGCGGCCCUCAGCUCGUGGGCCAGGUACCUCAAGAACAAAUACGGCAAUCGCACCACCAAGGACAAGGAACCGCCCUCCUCGUCCUCCACGAUACCUUCAUCCAGCAGCAGCGCGACUGCGAGAAGGCUAUCGUUGGGCUUGCCUCUACGGCACACCGGGCAAACAUCCUUCGAAUCUUCUGACGACGACCAAAAAAACCCGUCAGGCUCCCCCACGUCCCCUACAGCAGCUCCCGUUAUACCCGCGGCAGCAGGUUCCUCCACUAGCAAUGGUCGGAGGAGUCACUAUCUGCUGAAGCGGCGGCAGCUGUUCAAGUUUGGGAUGCGGGGGAGCGAAGCCGGAUGCUUUACCUGGCCGAGAGGCCUCGCGGUCGGCCCGGACAACUCCAUCGUCGUGGCCGACAGCUCUAACCAUCGUGUUCAAGUAUUCGACGGUAAUGGGAACUUCAUGAAGGAGUUCGGAACAUAUGGCAGCGGCGAGGGCGAGUUCGAUUGCCUCGCCGGGGUGGCCGUAAACAGGAUCGGGCAGUACAUCAUUGCGGACCGUUACAACCACAGAAUCCAGGUGCUUGACCCGUCUGGUCGUUUCCUGCGAGCAUUCGGCUCCCAGGGCACCGCCGACGGUCGCUUCAAUUAUCCGUGGGGCAUCACCACCGACGCCCUCGGCUUCAUUUACGUAUGUGACAAGGAGAACCAUCGUGUACAGGUAUUUCAAUCGGAUGGCACGUUCGUGGGCAAGUUCGGCUCAUGCGGUAGCGGACGCGGCCAAUUAGAACACCCGCACUACAUCGCGGUGAGCAACACCAACCGAGUGAUCGUCAGCGACAGCAACAACCACCGCGUGCAAAUAUUCGACGUGAAUGGUCGCGUGUUGACGUCUUUCGGCUCGGAGGGUUCGGACGACGGCCAGUUCAAGUUCCCACGAGGGGUUGCCGUGGAUGAUCAGGGCUACAUCGUCGUCGCCGACUCCGGUAACAACCGCAUACAGAUCUUCAGCCCGGAGGGCGCCUUCCUCAAGUCAUUUGGCUGCUGGGGCAGCGGGGACGGCGAGUUUAAAGGGUUGGAAGGCGUCGCCGUCACCUCCACCGGCAAUAUUGUCGUCUGCGACCGCGAGAAUCACCGGGUCCAAGUAUUCUGAAUGCGUUGACCACCAGUUUCAUCGCCAGUUUUCUGUUCGCGUUGAGAAGAGCGAAUUAUUGAGCUCUUUUGCUGAGCAUACAACUUGCCGGUCGAUGAUAUUCGCGUUUGUUAAUAUUGUUAAUGAUGAGCGAGUAUAAGCGAGUAUCCAGGAUAUAUCUACUAUAUUUGCAGAUAAUGUUAUGUAUUUGGAUACUUGGAGGAUACUUGGAUUGAUGUUCGUGAGCAAAUAUUAAUGGGACUCGAUAAUUUUGAAUGUCGACAAUCCAUUACGACUUUUUUAUCUGAAAUUUAUAACUAACAAUUAGCAGGGCUCAUUUAGAUGAAACUAAAAUAGAAAAAUAGAAAAAAUAGAAAAUAUACGAGAUGAAAGGUAAAAAAACAUUACAAUAUCUUGGUGAAUAAAUGAUUAUAAUCGUGCACGUUUUAUGAUAAGCUGGCGUACCACCUGAAUCAAUAUGCAAAGUCAAUAUUGCGAAUCAGAGGGUUUUCCAGUUCAAUUUCCAUACAGACAUUCUGCAAACACACAUUUCAAUAAUUUCGUUCGUAAAUCGGGAGUGAGAUGUCACGGUAGCUUAUUUAAUUAAAAUAUUAACACCAAUACCUUUUUUAUCCACCUAUUUUACGUUUAUCCACAUCGGGAAACCCCUCUCGUGUGAAUCUUAUGAAGCUUGAUAUAAUUUUCUUCAUCCUCUAUUACCCUUCAUCGUUUAGCAAUAAUAAAUUUAUCGCGUUCGAGGCAAAAUGGGUAACGAUGAUCCGUUUUUUAUUAUUACAUCGUGAAUAAUUAGCGAAUAAUUGAGUCACGCGAAAUUUAGCAUCUUUAUUGACAAUUAACAAAAAAAUAUUAACGAAACUCAUCGCUUAUCUUCACUAAUGUUAUUUUUAUGCAGACUUGUACCAUGAAAUGAUGAUUUCAACUUCCAAUUCUAAGAGGGAGGCUCAAAUGUUAAUAACUAUUAUACUUACCUAUUUUUUCGCUAGGGACAAAAUGGAGAAAAUGAAAGAUACCCAGUACUUUCCUCGUUCCAACUUUCUUUUCCCGAAAUUUUCCAGAGAAGUCAGUUUUAAUGUUUUCUGUGUGCUUUUGAUUCGGAAACAUGUAAAUUCAUUGUUUUUUUUGUGGUUUCUCACAUUCGUUUUUCGUGUUACUUCGACAAACAUUUAAUUCGUACACUCGGUGCACGACGCGAUAUAGAUUGAACGAAAUAUCGGAACAGACGGAAUAAUGAAAAAAGAGGCUGAAAAAGUAGAACAGCAAUCAUAUCGACGAGCGCAACGACGCGUGAACGCAAUCGAGCCGCCCGCUCGCCGACUCGAAUUUUCGAAAGGAAAAUCUCGAAAGGACGCUAGUCGAUUUUCCACUCGACAGCCCCGAAAAAAUACGCACGAAUACCGUGUUUGUUUUUUAUCCUCCUUUCCGUCUCACUCCCACUAUUUCUUUCUCUCUCUCUUUCUCUCGUAUCUAUCUCUCUCUUCUUCUCGUAUGCGCGCGAUAUCUGAGCAAUUUAAUUAAAUUUGUACUCAAAAUGACAGCAACUAAAGUUUGUACCGUUUGUAUGCUUUAAAUAAAUUGUUGCGGAAAGAAGA